AAAACAGGACUCGGUGCCUUGAACACAUCAUCCCUGACCACACGGCGGGAUUCGUUUGAUCGCAAUACAUCGGCCUUCAGUCCCUCGCUGGACUACACCUCGGGUGCCUCGACCAACACGAUGGCUAUGAAUGCGGCCGCGGCCGCAGCUACUGCUGCCGCUCGCAAGUGGCCAGUCGGUGCUGGGAACUACAGCGGUCUCGGUACGGUAGCGGCUGCCUCAGCCAGCCCGCUGGGACCGUCGCUAACGCCACCGCCGGUGUCUGGACUCGGUACGCUGGUAACGAGCCGCGCGCCCGGUGCCGAGACAAAGUACCGCCAGGUGAACCCGAGCCUCGUGCCCGGAAUCUCGACCGGCAACGCAGCCAUGUUUGGCUCGAACAACUGCGCCGCUCAGGCUAUCCUGUCGCGGCUGUCUAGUGCAGUGGCACGCCCAACGACCGCACCUGCGCCCGCUCCAGCAGUGCCUGGAGCGGCACCAGGGCUCGACCGUCCGCCGGGCCGAUCUCGCCUGCUCGAAGAUUUCCGCAACCAGCGCUACCCGAACCUGCAACUGCGCGACCUGACGAAUCACAUCGUCGAGUUUUCGCAGGACCAGCACGGAUCGCGCUUCAUUCAACAGAAGCUGGAGCGCGCCAUCAGCGUCGAGAAGCAGCUCGUGUUCAACGAAAUACUGGGCGCCGCCUACAGUCUGAUGACGGACGUGUUCGGCAACUACGUCAUACAGAAGUUCUUCGAGUUUGGCUCACCGGAGCAAAAGCAGGCACUUGCCCAGCAGGUGAAGGGGCACGUACUGCCGCUAGCGUUGCAGAUGUACGGCUGCCGUGUCAUACAGAAGGCACUGGAAAGCAUUCCGGCAGAGCAGCAGCAGGAGAUUGUGCGCGAGCUGGACGGGCACGUGCUGAAGUGCGUUAAGGAUCAGAACGGCAACCAUGUGGUACAGAAGUGCAUCGAAUGCGUCGAUCCGGUUGCGUUGCAGUUCAUCAUCGACGCGUUCCGCAACCAGGUGUACUCGCUCAGUACACAUCCGUACGGUUGCCGAGUGAUUCAGCGGAUACUGGAGCACUGCACGCCCGAGCAGACGGCUCCGAUUCUGGCCGAGCUGCACGCGAAUACCGAGCACCUAAUUCAGGACCAGUAUGGAAACUACGUCAUCCAGCAUGUACUGGAACAUGGAAAACCCGAGGAUAAAUCAGCACUCAUUGCCAGUGUGCGUGGAAAGGUGUUGAUUCUGUCUCAGCACAAAUUUGCAUCCAAUGUUGUGGAAAAGUGCGUCACACAUGCCACACGUGCUGAACGGGCGCUGCUUAUCGAGGAAGUUUGUUCGUUUAAUGAUUCCGGACUUCACGUCAUGAUGAAGGAUCAGUACGCGAACUACGUGGUACAGAAGAUGAUUGACGUGUCCGAGCCGACGCAGCGAAAGGUGCUGCUGCAUAAGAUUCGGCCGCACAUGAACUCGUUAAAGAAGUACACGUACGGCAAGCACAUCAUCGCCAAGUUGGACAAAUUUACGUUAAAGACACCGAAUUCACUGGCAGGCAAUGGUGCCGGUGGGUCAGGUAAUGCGGCCGCUGCCUCUGCGACCGGUGCAGCCGCAAAUGGUACGGCUGGCUCGGCAGCCGGUGGUCCUGCUACCAACGGGACUAAUGGUAGUGCAAAUAGCACCACUGGUGAACUCACUGCCAAUGGCCCCUCGAACGGGGCUGGUGUAAGCAACGGAGGAGGUAACGCCAAUGGCGCGGGAGCUACUGCGACAGUUGGCAAUUCGGCCAGCAAUGGUGCCGGUGGUCCAUCGAACGGUGUGACGACUAACAGCAACGCCAACGUUAGCGGCGGCACCAGCAACGGUGCCAGUGCUGGCCUGCGCCCAAUUGGACCGCCUACCAAUGGCGUUAUGUAAGCAGGUUGAAGCCCGCCGCAACGCCUGUGGAUUCGAAUGGAAGGCUCGCAACGACCACUGGAUAAUGUGUAAAUACUGUACGCUAUCUUCGAAUAUUAACCCAGAGCAAAUGCGCAUACACACAGCUCAGUUUUCACCACAGAGGCCAAUUUUGGGACUCGCUGUAUGUUUUUUCUACGAACACAUAAUUGGGGACCGUACUGCUGAAUACGGCUAUAAAAAAGUACACAUCAAACAUUGUCCCUCAUUUCCUAAACCUAGGACGUAAGAAUGUGUGUGACUGCUCGCAUCUUUAGCCUUUUACAAGACUCAUCGUAAUGCAUCUUCUGAGUUUGGACCAGGGAUCUAACUUUAUGUUAUUAUAUUUUUCUACUACGAGCUUGAAAACGCAAAUACGUUGCGCCAGUGAAAUACUAAGCGAGAAUCGUCAGCGAUAGAAAGAGUAAUCACGAAUGAGAAAUUUAUAUUCGCUUUCGAACGUAUAAAGUGAAGCUACUAGAAGCAGCGCGUGUAUAAGUUUUCUGUAUUUUGUGUGGGCCCCUCCAUAUAUAUAUAUAUACAUAUGUUUUGUGUACAUUUUUAUCUCGCGUACGGUGUUAGAUCUCAAUUCUAGAAAUGAAACGAAAACAGUAGCAAA